CGGACCGAUUCCAUGCUCGGGUUUAUUGCCCGCAUCAACAAGUUCUGUUCUGGGGUUUCCCAGCUUGCGUGUUCCUCUACGACACUGGGCCACAGCCCGGCCCCGGAUGACUGGUCCCCUUUCCCACCCAACGCACUGCAGGACACAACGUCGACGGAGUGCAAUCUUACACCUUCCCAAAUCAACCGAGUGUUGGUCAUAUUCUGGACCAGACUGCAACCAUUGGUGCCAAUAGUCAGUCGCGAGGAUCUCAGGGUGCCGGAUUCCUCAUCCCCCGAGCCUUUCUCACCACUUCGUGAUGCCGUCACCGCAUACUCGAUGCAGUAUAUAUAUUACACUGGACUGCACACUCGCCUCCUCGGUCUUCAUUGGGACCAAUCCCAGUCCGUCAAGCAGAGUUCGAUGGUUGGUCUACCGUACUUUCAACGCUGCCUGCAGGCCACCACGCAGUAUAGUAUGACCUUUUCCGAGCCAUCAAUGGCGACUCUCCAGUGCUACUGUUUUAUGGCCCUCUACUUACUUGAUGCCGGCCAACACGCUCCAGCGUAUAAUAUGAUUGGCUUGGCUCUGCGAAUCGCGCAGUCGCUAAAUAUCGAUCUAGAGACACGGCCUGGGGCUACGGUUCAGGGCUGUGAACUCUUCCAUCGGAUCUGGUGGACACUGAACCACCUCGACUUUCGCUGUUCACGGCAUUUGGGCAAGCCCAUCAGUGUUCGUUUACAGGAUUGCAUGUGUCCUCUGCCAACCAGUGAAUCUCACAGUCUACUCGACCCAGGAAGCACUCUCUAUCACACCCAAUCCAUCCGCCUCACAGCUGCUGCGUUGACGAUCAUCGAGUCCACUGGCUGUAUUUCUAUUCCUGCCCAGCGCCAGAAAGAACCUACGGAGAUUGAAAACCGAGCCCGGAUUCUGUCCGACGAAUUGCACCAUCUGCAUCAAUGGCGAACGGACUUGCAGAGUCAUGAACCGUUCGGUAACCUCAAACUAGAUGUUGCGGACACGCCUGCGGAUCCGGACGAAGAGCCCGAGGUUGAGCUCACUUACAUCAUGAGACAGCCAAUGGAAAUUCUGUUGACGACCUUACUGGAACUUCAGUACCACAAUGUCAUCAUUACUCUUCACCGGGUCUUCAUCCAGUUCCCAAGUCACCCACUCAUCCCCAAAUCCAGUCCGCGGGCGGACGCUCAUAAUGCCACGGCUCUCAAUCAUGCUUUGGCCAUGAUCAGACUCACUCACCACCGCAUGGCCACCUGUGAUGUCCUUCACGGCGUGCCGGAGGUCUACCAAUACCAGUGGAAUGCGGUAUUAACGCUCGUCGGAUUCAUGCUCGCAUACCCAUAUUGCCACAGGUGUCCCCGGGCCCGACGGUAUAUCCGCCUGGCUUUGGAGAUAUUUGACUCGGCUGGGAGCAAAAGCGCCGCUAUGGUUCGUGCCGCAGCGCUCACCCGUCAUUUAUCCAGCAAAGUGGACACUCUAUUGCGCAUCCUUAAUAUCGACGAUCCUCUUGCACCCGUUCAAACCUCGGAGGUAGGGCGUCAACGGUUGCAGCAGGACCAGGCCACCAGUGACAUCACCCCAGUAAUCAAUGCCCCAGUGCCGAUGGACGAUCCACAACCACCUCUACCCUGCCUUCCAGAGCCGAGCCUAGAUUCCUUGUGGUCCUGGGCCGAUCUGAUGAAUCUGGAAGCUUGGCCCAACUAUUGUGAUGAAGUCAGCGAGGCGUUCAUGGACCCAACCAAGUUUUGAUGCCAGGCCAGUCAUACGUUGACAUCAGAACAACCAUUUUUGGAAAGUUCCCUUGCAACACUGGAGCUUUUAGAUCCUGACCCUUUGAAAUUUAUCUAAAUCAACCCUGUAUUU